AUGUUCAAAACACAAAACUUUUGCUAUAUUUUCUUUCUUGCAAUUAUUACCGGUUCUGUCUGGGCUCAAGAUGCUAACAAUACCAGCAACAACACCGGCAACGACACCUCUAAUACUCAACCUCAAUGUUCAUCUAAGCCCGACAUUAGUUCUUAUAACUUUGGAUUUCACUUGGCAGCCCUUUUUGUAAUUCUUUGUACUAGCUCUUUCGGUGCAUUCACACCUGUCAUUUCCAAGAAGUAUCCUGCAUUUAAGAUUCCAAGUUUAAUAUUUUUCGUUACCAAACAUUUUGGAAGCGGAGUAAUUCUCGCUACAGCUUUUGGUACUUUAAAUAAUCCAUGCCUUCAGCCAGUGUGGACAAACUACCCUUCUUGGCCAGGUGCAAUUGCAAUGAUGGCUGCAUUAUUCAUCUUUUUUAUUGAAUAUUCAGCGUUAAAAAUAGCCGAUCAUUUUGGUGCUCAUGCCAAUUCGAAUAAUGAAAUAAAUGAUACAGCUACUGGUACAACUAAUGUCGUUGAUGAAUCCGUUGAAAAACCGGAUGUCACUUUUGAACAUCUUCAUCAUACCGCUGAAACCGUUUUAAGCUCCCGGGCUCAAAUCUUAGGUAUCACUAUUUUAGAAUGUGGUAUAUGCUUUCAUUCGGUAAUUAUUGGAAUGGCCUUAUCCGUCGCGGGUGAUGAAUUUGUUCCAUUAUUUGUCGCAUUGAUAUUUCACCAAUUGUUUGAAGGUCUUGGGAUCGGUUCUCGUGUUGCUGAGCUCAAAUUUCGGUCGAACAGUUUUGAACCAUGGUUGAUGUCAUUGGCUUACGGAACUACAACUCCAAUAGGCAUUAUGAUAGGCUUAUUAAUUCGUAAUUCCUACAACCCUAAUUCAGAUAUUUCACUUGUUGUGCAAGGUGUUUUUGAUUCAGUAUCUGCUGGAAUUCUUUUAUAUGCUGCUAUGGUCGAGCUUAUUGCCAAUGACUUCAUUUAUGACCCGGAAUUUCAAAAAAUUCCAAAAACCGAUAAAAUCACUGCAUUCGGUUGUUUAAUUACUGGUGCUGGUAUUAUGUCUGUGAUUGCAAUUUGGGCGUGA